GGUCUGAGGGGCUGGUAUUCCUGGAUCCUCCUUCUCCUCCAGGUUAUUCCUUGAGGAUGCACAGUUAAACGAUGGCCAAUUCGGGUAUACAGCUUCUCGGCUUCACGCUGGCCUUCCUGGGCUUCAUAGGCUCGAUAGCAUCCACAUGCAUGGUGGAAUGGAAAGCUUCGUCCUACGCAGGAGACAAUAUCAUCACAGCUCAGGCGCUGUAUGAAGGGCUUUGGAAGACCUGUGCAUCACAGAGCACUGGUCAAAUUCAAUGUAAAGUGUAUGAUUCACUUCUCCAACUACCAGGGAUUGUACAGGGCACACGAGGGCUGAUGCUGUGCGCCAUCUUGCUGAGCUUUAUUUCUAUCUUGGUGGAGAUGGUGGGCAUGAGGUGCACAACCUGUAUGGCAGAACAACCGGAGCAGAAGGACAAAGUGGCUCUAGCUGGAGGGGUCAUCUUCAUUAUUGCUGGUCUGCUUUCUCUGGUUGGAACAUCUUGGUAUGGCAACAGAAUAGCGCAGGACUUCUACAACCCAUUAACUCCAACUAAUUCCAAGUUUGAAUUCGGAAGUGCUCUGUUUGUUGGAUGGGGAAGUGCCGCUCUCCUCAUUAUAGGAGGGGCCUUCCUUUGCUGCAACUGCUCCACCAAGGGCUCAGGGAAACCUCCACGCUACCCACAGUCUGCCUCGGCAAGCCAACCAGGCAAGAACUAUGUCUAGCACAAUCAUGCCAUCCAGCCUCUGCUCAAGGAAGAACGCUGUGUUUGCAAGGAGUUGUCAUCCAGA